GCUGUCGUCACGGUAACAUCAAUGGCUCUGGCGGCUGUGGGACGACAUCGGCUUUUGUCGCUUCUUCAACUGCCGAACUUCAAGUUGUCGAAGCCGCGUAAAGUGAUUGUGACGUCAGGCGGGUAG